AUAUUUGAAUACGGGGUAUUUUUAGAAAUAGAGAGUUAAAAAGUAUAUUUUUUGGGUUUAUUUAGAAUUUCCCUUGAAAGCUAACAUGGACAGCAGCCGAAUCCCAUACGGAUUGAGAUACGCAAUCGUAGGCAAUUAGAGAGAGGAAAAUGAGCUACCUAUUGCCGACGCUGACUCGGAAGAAAGAAGUGGAUACGAUCGUUAGAGACACCAUCGACAAAGUCCUCGUCCUCCGCUUCGGACUCGCCGUGGACGCCGUCUGUCUUCAACUCGACGACAUCCUUGCCAAGACAGCGCGUGAGCUUUCCAAAUUCGGCGCGGUGGCUUUAGUCGACGUAGAUUCCGAGGAUGUUCAGGUUUACGUCAAGUAUUUCGACAUCACUUUGAUUCCUUCCACUGUUUUCUUCUUCAAUGCUCAUCAUAUGAAGAUGGAUUCUGGGACUGCUGAUCACACUAAAUGGGUGGGUGCAUUUCAUGAGAAGCAGGACUUCAUAGAUGUUGUGGAGGCAAUAUUUCGGGGAGCCAUGAAAGGCAAGCUGAUUCUUAAUUGCCCCCUUCCUCCAGAGCGAAUACCAAAAUAUCAGUUGUUAUACAAGGAUGUGUAGCUUUUUGCUUCAACUGUCAGGGUUAUUUAAUGGAUCAUUGGAGAACCAUUGAACCUGUGGCGUUCUUGAUGUGUGGCACUAUUUUUGGAGACUAUGAGUGAUCCCAUUAAAAGAAGCAAAUUCAGCACUAUAAGGUGUAAUGAAGAGCAAUUCGCUUUCCUGUCUGGGUAUUUUUGGUUUGCUGAGCUAAACUUGUCAAGAGAGCUAGUGGAAUCUAUCCAAGAAUUCAUUCAUAUAUGAUGAUUUCUAGUUUUGGCUUUUUUUUUGGAGUAACUACGCUCAGCUUCAUCUUCUAAUGGGAUAUUUUUGUCUAAUAUUUGUGCAUUAA